AUGAUUUUAAAUUACGCCGAGCAUUUAUUGCCUGUAGUUUCAAAGGAUAAAUUCAAAAACCCAUUACUCAGUUACACUCCGAUUGAACAGAACACAGUGAAUAGAAUUGUGUGUAGUUUGCCACCAAAAUAUCAAUCGUCGCCACUUUUAUUGACACUAAUAGAAGAUUUAAUUAAUGAACACAAAAUAACAUCAAAAAAGUCAAUAAUACAUAUAGGGUUCGGUGAUCUAUACGACGAUCAUGAAGACCUUUCGUUUGUGGCUACACCGAUCAAAAAAGAACUACGAGAAACUGCACAUUUGUGGAAAGAAUCAAUUGAACAUUCAAGGUUAAAUCUUGAGCAAAAUAUCCUGCAAUUAAACCCAAUAAUCGUUCAGAUGAUAAAAUUGUGGAAUGAAGAUUACAAAGGUAUAACUAUCCUAAAUUCUGAUAAUUUAAAUGAAGAACACAUAAAUUAUAACAUAACAGAGUUUAUAAAUUAUAUAUUGACAAAAUUAAAGGUCGUCAACGACGCUAUGCGAAGCGAAUGGUUUUUCCAUGUAAAACAAUUAUUUCAACAGAAAAAACACAAAACAAAAUUACCAAUUACGGAAAGCAAGAAAAAACAGUCGACUUUUUUUAAUUUUGUUGCUCACGUCAUGCAAAUGCAUUACAAAGAAUUCAUACAAAAGACUAUUAGAGAGUAUACGGAAUUUAUGUCUGACCCUGAGAAAAAUCCAAUUCUUAAGACAAGUUUAAUAUACAGAAAUGAUUCGUUACGAUAUGUGCCAUCGUAUGAACGUUUACGGGAUUUUAUUAUGUCAAUUUGUGAGAAGAUAGAAGAAAUAUCGUCAAAUUUGAUACGUAUUGAACAUUCCUUGUACGAAGAUUAUCAUACAGAUCCAUUUUUGGAAGUAAAUUUGGAUUGUGACAUUAUUUGUGAAAAUAUUAAAAAUCUAAAAACAUACUUGGAUAAUUGUUGGGAACAGAGAAAAGUUUCUAAAGAAAAAGUUAUAAGAUACCUUCAUUUAGUAAACGGAAACGCCGAAAAGGAAGUGGAAAUAUUUUUAUCCAAAAGCCAUACUUUCGAUGAAUAUAAAAAUGCUAUAAUUAAGUACCAUGAAAUUUCUUCGGCUAUAUUGUCUGACAUACUCCCAACGGCAAAUAUAAGGGUAUUUCAAAUUGAUUUCACUGAAAUUAUCAAUACCUUACACAAAAAAGCAAAUACAUUUAAGAACAACAUUAUCGCUCAUAUGAAGACUGCCUACUCAGUUAUUGGCAAAAAAUUAAAUGAACAAUAUUCGUAUUUUGUUGACGUAAUAUUAACACCACCAGAAAAUACCGACGAACUAAUAAAACUUAUCGCCUUUAUCGCUGACACAAGAGACAAUAUUUUACCUAAACUAAUGAAACAAACAAUCGAAGUGUUAUCAUGCGAAAUAUUUUUGAUGGAUUUUGUAGAAUUUACGAAGGAAGAACUGAAACAAAAGACUAGUACAUUCCGUUGGGUCAAAUACACCAACGAUACAAUUUCUAUGAGUUCUAUAAUGGUUAUAAAUAAAACAAAGGAAUUUAAAGAAGUUCUACAGGGGCGUAUUGAAAAUUUCAACAUCGAGCUGGACAUCUAUAGAUCUGAAUUGGAAGAGUUUCGGAAAUUGGGGGACAUAAAUGAUAUAAAAAUAUACGCUGAAAAAUCUCAAAACUUAGAUGAUAAACUAAAUGAAGCUUUGGAGACAAUUGAUGAAUUCAACAAACAAGAAAAAUACUUUCAGUUGGAGGAAAGUGCAUAUCCACUUCGAAAAUUUGUUGCAGAUUCUUUAGCACCAUACAAACUGCUAUACGAUAACUGUUCAGAGUUUAUCGUAAAUUAUGAAAACUGGAUGAAUGCUACCAUUGGCACAUACGACCCAGAGCAGAUCGAUCAAAAUGUGACUAAUUACUAUCGUAACUUAUCAAAACUCGAACGAACAUUUAUGAAAAACCCUGCCCCAUUGGAGAUUGCAAUAAAAGUGCGGACAUUGAUCGAAACAUUUAAAAAAAGAAUCCCAGAAGUAUUAACAUUGGGAAAUUUAGGCCUUAAACGACGUCACUGGGAAGAUAUUUCAAAUAUAGUCGGUUUUGUAAUGUUUCCCGAUCAAAAUCUAACGCUGGCAAAAGUUUUAAAUCUCAACCUCGGUAAAUUUGUACCUCAAUUUGAAAUAAUUAGUGAUGGAGCUUCCAAAGAAAAUAAUUUGGAUAAGAGGCUAAAUACUAUGGUGGAGGAAUGGAAAGAUUUAAACUUUACCAUAUUAGACUACAAAGAUUCGGGAACAUAUAUUUUAUCGGGUAUAGAUGAUGUACAAUUACUACUUGAUGAUCACAUAUUAAAAACAGCUACGAUGAAAUCUUCUCCAUUUGUUAAACCUUUUGAAAACAAAUUAUUAGAAUGGGAAGCUAAAAUUACUACUUUGAAUGAAAUAAUAGAGUUAUUGGUCAAAGUUCAAAUGACCUGGAUGUACUUAGAAUCAAUUUUUUCAUCUCCAGAUAUACAGAGACAAAUGCCAGAUGAAUCACAAAAGUUUAAUGCAGUGGAUAAGAUAUGGAGGGACUUGAUGAAAGAUAUUAACAAAUCAAUGAAUAUUUUACAAACAGUUAAUAUAGAAAACAUCUUACAAAAUUUAAAAAAAAGUUAUAUGCUAUUAGAUUUGGUGCAAAAAGGUUUAAAUAAUUAUCUCGAAACCAAACGACUGUACUUUCCAAGAUUGUUUUUUUUAUCAAAUGACGAACUUCUUGAAAUCAUAUCAGAAACCAAAGACCCGAAGAGAGUGCAGCCACAUUUAAAAAAAUGUUUCGAAGGAAUAGCUUCACUUAUUUUUACUGAAAAACUGGAUGUUAUAUCUAUGGUAUCUAGUGAAGCAGAAAUCGUAAAUUUAUCAAUAACAAUUAAUACAGCGAAAGCUAGAGGUCAAGUUGAGAAAUGGCUAUUAGACUUAGAACUAUCAAUGAAAACUACUGUACGUGCAGUAAUCGGUAAGGCUUUGUUAGCUUAUCAGAAUACCGUUAGACAUGAAUGGGUAGUGCAAUGGCCCGGACAAGCAGUCUUAGCUGUUUCAUGUACAUAUUGGACUGUCGAGAUGACACAAGCAAUCAAACAACAUCCUGAUGGUCUUUCGGUAUAUUUGAAUAAAUGUAAUAGGCAGAUCGAUAAAAUUGUUAAAUUGGUUCGAGGUGUAUUGUCAGUUCAAACGCGAUUAACGUUAGGAGCGUUGAUUGUAAUCGACGUCCAUGCCAGAGAUGUUGUUGAUGACUUGGCAAACAAAAAUAUUCGUAAAAUAAAUGACUUUGGAUGGAUCAGCCAAUUGCGAUAUUAUUGGAUAGAUGAGAAUUUAUUUACUUCUAUGAUAAAUGCAUCAUUGGCUUACGGUUACGAAUACCUAGGUAAUUCGGCAAGAUUGGUUAUUACUCCACUCACUGACCGUUGUUAUCGAACACUGUUUUGCGCUCUUCAAUUAAAUUUGGGCGGUGCGCCUGAAGGACCUGCUGGAACAGGCAAAACGGAAACUACCAAAGACUUGGCAAAGGCAAUAGCUAAACAAUGUGUCGUUUUCAAUUGCUCAGAUAGUAUGGACUACAUUGGUCUUGGGAAAUUUUUCAAAGGUUUAUUGUCGUGUGGGGCAUGGGCAUGUUUUGACGAAUUCAAUCGCAUAGAUUUAGAAGUUUUAUCAGUAGUCGCACAACAAAUAUUGACUAUUCAACGAGGUAUACAGGCUGGAUUGAUCAAGAUAUUUUUUGAAGGAUCAAAUUUAACAUUAGAUAAUACUUGUGCUAUAUUUAUAACUAUGAACCCUGGUUAUGCCGGACGUUCAGAGCUACCGGAUAAUUUGAAAGCUUUAUUUCGUUCAGUAGCGAUGAUGGUACCCGAUUAUGCUUUGAUAUCUGAAAUAGUUUUGUAUUCCCAAGGGUUUAGCUUAGCUCGUUCGUUGUCGGUAAAAAUUGUAGCAACGUAUAAAUUAUGUUCCGAACAGCUUUCGUCGCAAAACCAUUAUGAUUACGGAAUGAGAGCGGUUAAAACUGUGCUGACAGCAGCCGGCAAUCUAAAACUGAAAUACCCCGAAGAAGAUGAAAAUAUACUCAUGUUGCGUUCUAUCAACGACGUUAAUUUACCAAAGUUUCUUAAACAUGAUAUCCCGUUGUUUAAAGGAUUAACUUCAGAUUUGUUCCCUGGAAUUGAAUUGCCAACACCAGAUUAUAAAAUUCUCAACGCCGCUAUAGAAGAACACUGUAAAAUAAUGAAUCUACAAUGUACUCCGUUCUUUGUUGAAAAAAUUCAACAAAUAUAUGAAAUGAUGAUCGUUAGACAUGGAUUUAUGAUUGUGGGUUUGCCGUUUAGUGGUAAAACAUCAGCCUAUAAAGUACUCAGUGGUGCAUUAAAAAUUAUUGAAACCAAUAAAUUAAUGAAUGAACAUAAAGUCGAAAUUAUGGUAAUAAACCCAAAGUCUAUAACAUUGGGUCAACUUUAUGGUCAGUUUGAUCUAACAUCACAUGAAUGGUCGGACGGAAUUUUAGCUGUUGGCUUCAGAAAAUUUGCUUCCUCAACUAACCUCGAUAGAAAAUGGUUGAUUUUUGAUGGUCCAGUAGACGCCAUUUGGAUUGAAAGUAUGAAUACCGUGUUGGAUGAUAACAAAAAAUUAUGUUUAAUAUCAGGAGAAAUUAUACAACUUGCUAACACAACUAAUUUGAUCUUCGAACCUAUGGACUUGGAUGUUGCAUCGCCGGCCACGGUUUCAAGGUGUGGCAUGAUUUACAUGGAACCAGUUUCAUUAGGCUGGGAGUGUUUAGUAACUUCGUGGAUAAACCAAUUGUCCUCUUACUUACCGCCGAAACACAAAGAGGCAUUACAUAAACAUAUCAUACGGUUCACUCGGUCAAUAUUGUUCAUGUUAAGACGUUGUAAUAUUAACGAAGUGUUUCCUACUAGUGAUAUGAACUUGGUUAGAUCACUAACAAAUAUUUGUGAUACUUAUUUUAAACCAUACUAUGACGAAGAAUAUUUAAAAACAAUCUCACAGAUUGAUAUGAGAUCGCAAAUAGAAUGUGUAUGCUUCUUUUCUUGUAUAUGGUCAAUGGGAGCUGCAUUAGAUACAAGCAGCCGUAUUAAAUUCAAUCUCCUGUUUCGAGCAUUGUUAGAAAAUAAAUUUCCCAAAAAAGUCGCGUAUGCAUUAAAUAUACCACUUGAACUAUGUCCGUCACCAGAUAAACCAUAUACGAAUGCAAUUCCCAAAAACGGAUUAGUUUUCGACUAUAGAUAUGUUAUAAACAAAAAAGGCAAAGGAGAAUGGAAACUAUGGACAGAUUAUAUAGACGAUGAACCACCGAUACCGAAAGACAUUCCAUUCAAUGAAAUUAUAGUUCCGACAGUAGAUACAAUUAGAAACCAUGCACUAAUGGCAUUGUUAUUAGAAAAUAAUAAACCAAUGCUGAUGGUAGGUAAAACUGGAACAGGAAAAUCGGCUUACACUAUGAAUUACAUUUUUACGAAAAUUGACAAAGAAUUUAACAGCUCGUCGUGUAUUAAUUUUUCCGCGCAGACUUCGUCAAAUAUUACACAGGACAUAAUUAUGAGCAAACUUGUUAAGAGAAGACGUGGUCUGUUUGGACCUCCGAUCGGAACGAAGUGCAUAAUAUUUAUCGAUGAUUUGAGUAUGCCACUAAAGGAGUACUAUGGCGCUCAGCCGCCUAUCGAGCUAUUGCGCCAAUGCAUGGACAAAUUCCCAUGGUACGACCGUAAAGAAUUAGAAGCCAUACACCUUCAAGACGUUCUAAUAUUAUGUGCGAUGGGGCCUCCAUCAUCAGGAAAUACCGUGACUCCUAGGUUUAGUCGUCAUUUUAACAUAAUCGUGACAAACUCAUUCGACGAUAUCACAAUGGUUUCAAUUUUCAGCAAAAUUUUAUUUUGGCAUUUGGAUAACAAAGGUUUUGGCAAACAGUUUGAUUCAUCUGUUGAUCAGUUAAUUAAUUCAACGUUAGAGGUACAUAAAAAGAGCAUUGGAUAUUUAAUGCCAACUCCAGCUAAAUCACAUUACUUAUUCAACUUAAGAGAUUUUUCUAAAGUCAUACAAGGAAUUAUGUUUUCUGUUCCUGAUACUAUUACCGAUGUAAUUUCCAUGAAACGCCUUUGGGUACAUGAAAUACUUAGAGUAUACUAUGACCGCUUAGUAGAUGAAUCUGAUCGUGAGUGGUUUUUCGAUAAUUUACGUUUUGUCUGUAAAGAAUUCCUAGACGAAGACCUAAAUCAAAUGUUUAUUCAUCUUAUCACAACGGAUAACAAAAUAGUAACUCAAAAUGAAUUGCGCCAGUUGAUUUAUUGUGACUUCUCUAAUCCUCAUUCUCAAGAUAGAAAUUAUAAAGAAAUCCGCGAUUUAGAGAGUCUCCGAUUGACAGUUGAAGAAUUUCUCAGUGAAUUCAAUCAAAUGAGCAAAAAACCUAUGCAUUUAGUGCUUUUUAGAUUCGCUCUCGAACAUUUAUCCCGGAUUUGUCGUAUCAUGAAUCAGCCACGAGGGCAUGCCUUACUUAUUGGUUUAGGAGGAUCAGGUCGCCAGUCGUUAACAAGACUAGCUGCACAUAUUUCUCAAUACGAACUAUUUCAGAUAAAACUAACUCGCUUAUAUGGAGUAAAUGAAUGGCAUGAGGACUUGAAAAAUAUAUUUAAACAAGCUACUCUUGCGUUUGAUCAAAAUGUUAUAUUCUUGUUUACGGAUUCAGAAAUAAAAAAUGAAGGAAUGGUUGAAGACAUAAACAAUUUACUAAAUUCAGGAGAAGUACCUAAUCUAUUUGUUAUGGAUGAAAAAAUAGAGAUCUGUGAUAAAAUGCGUGAACUAGAUAAACAACGUGACAAAACUUUACAAACUGAUGGUAGUUUAACCGGGUUAUUUAAUUUAUUUAUUCAAACUGUGCGAGAUCAACUGCACGUGUCGUUGGCAUUUAGUCCAAUUGGCAAUGGCCUUAGAACAAGAAUAAGGCAAUUUCCAUCACUUGUGCAGUGUUGCACCAUUGACUGGUUUCAGACUUGGCCAUCGGAUGCUUUAAUAGCUGUAGCUAAAAGUUUUUUAAGUGACGUUGAACUAACAGAUCAUGAACGCAAUGUUAGUAUUAAAAUGUGUCAACAAUUUCAUAUAACAACUAUAAAUCUGUCUGUAGAAUUUAAUGCUAAAUUACAACGUAGAACUUAUGUAACGCCAACUUCUUACUUAGAAAUGAUCAACACUUUUAAAGAUGUUUUAAGUAAAAAACGAUUAGAAAUAAUUACUGCAAAACGUCGGUACGAAGUUGGAUUAGAAAGAUUGCAGAACGCAGCUGACGAUAUAGAAAUUUUGCAAAAAGAACUAAAAUAUUUAGAACCUGAAAUAAUAGCUGCUUCUAAAAAGGUAAAAAUAAUUAUGCUGAAAAUAGAAAAAGAAAAUAUAGAAAUAUCAAAAGUUAAACAAAACAUUGAAAUAGACGAAGAAAAGGCACAAAUAACUGCAGCCGAAGCACAAGAAAUAAAGGACGAGUGUGAAGCUCACAUGGAAGCUGCAAAACCUGUAUUGAAUGCUGCUCUUGCUGCAUUAAAUACAUUGACUCCUGGUGAUAUGACAUUUGUAAAAUCCAUGAAAAAUCCUCCUAGUGGGGUUAAAUUGGUCAUGGAAACUAUUUGCAUCAUAAAGGAAGUAAAACCUGACAAAAUUCCUGACCCAUCCACUGGAAAAAAGGUGGAAGAUUAUUGGGGACCAUCAAAAAAAUUACUUAAUGACAUGAAGUUUUUAGAACAUCUCAUUAAUUUUGAUAAGGAUAAUAUACCAAAUGCAGUGAUGAAAGUUAUCAACGAAAAGUAUCUUACAAACCCAGAUUUUGAACCAAAACUAAUUAAAAAAGCUUCAACUGCUGCGGAAGGCUUAUGUAAAUGGGUAACAGCAAUAUCUAGUUAUGACAAGGUGGCAAAAGAGAUAAGACCAAAAAGAAUUGCUCUAGCUGAAGCAGAAUCUAUGUAUAAUAACGCGAUGGAUGAACUUAAAGAAAAACGUUCACAGCUUAAAGAGGUUGAAAUGAAACUGAAACUCGUGCAAGAAAACCUUGAAGAAAAUGAACGAAAAAUGGCAAAGUUACAAGAUAAUGCUGAUGAAGUACAAACAAAAAUGAUACGAGCUGAAGAUUUAAUAGGUGGAUUAGGAGGAGAAAAACAACGAUGGGAGCAAAUGGCCAAAGAUCUCGGAGAAAGAUAUUUAAACCUUACAGGUGACUUGUUAAUAAGUUCCGGUAUUAUUGCAUACUUAGGUCCAUUCACAAUGGAUUACAGAAGCAAUCAGAUCAAAGAUUGGGUGAAAGAAAUCCUCGAAAAUAAAAUUGUAUGUUCUAAAGAUUUUCAAUUAAGUGCAAUACUUGGACAGCCAGUCGUAAUAAGAGCUUGGAAUGUAGCUGGGUUGCCUACAGAUUUAUUUUCUAUAGAUAAUGGCAUUAUUGUCAUGAAUGCUAGACGGUCGGCUUUAAUGAUUGAUCCACAAGGACAGGCAAAUAAAUGGAUUAAGACAAUGGAAAUGGAAAACUCUUUAAACACAAUACGCUUUAGUUCGUCCAACUAUAUUACUGUCUUGGAGCAUGCCAUCACUAGUGGCCAACCAGUUUUAUUAGAAAACAUUUAUGAAGAAUUGGAUCCUAUAUUAGACCCUGUAUUAUUAAAACAAAUAUUUUUAACUCGUGGAACUUACUGCCUAACAUUAGGCGAUUCCAUCAUUGAAUAUAAUCCCAAUUUCAGGUUUUAUAUAACAACUAAAUUGAAAAAUCCACAUUACUUACCAGAAAUAGCUGUAAAAGUGGUAUUAUUGAAUUUUAUGAUAACACCUAUUGGCCUGGAAGAUCAAUUACUAGGUGAAGUAGUAGCUAAAGAUAGACCUGAUUUAGAAACUGUAAAGAAUGAAUUGAUAAUCCAAGGUGCUAAAAAUGCCAAAUCCUUAAAAGAUAUUGAAGAUAAAAUAUUGGAAGUCCUGAGUUCAACUGAAGGAAAUAUUUUGGAGGACGAAGGCGCUGUAACCAUAUUAAGUUCUUCAAAAACGUUAGCAAACGAAAUAAAAGAAAAACAAGCAGAAUCUGAAAUCACUGAACGAAUAAUAGACAAAACUAGGCAACAAUACCGUAUUGUUGCCACACAUUCAACUAAACUAUUUUUCACCAUUGAUACGUUGGCAAAUAUUGACCCCAUGUAUCAAUAUUCUCUAGCGUGGUUUAUACAUUUAUUCAGUGUAGCUAUCAAAAAUAGCGUUAAACGUAUAAACAUCGAAGAUCGAACAAAUGAAUUAAUGAAAUAUUUUACAUAUUCCUUAUAUGUUAACAUAUGCAGAAGUUUAUUCGAAAAAGACAAGUUAUUAUUAUCGUUGAUUAUGGCUAUUAAUUUAUCUGAAGAAUUGGACAUGGAUGAAUGGAUAUUCUUCCUUACAGGUGGAAUUAGUUUAGAUAAUCCGUACAAAAAUCAGAUCAGUUGGUUACAGAAUAAAAGCUGGGACGAAUUAUGUAGACUUGAAAAUCUUCCCAAAUUCAAGAAUAUUAAAGUGGAUUUCGAAACCAACACGAAUAAAUGGAAAGAAAUUUACGAUUCAUUGGAACCACAUUUGGCAACUUUUCCUGAUCCAUGGGAUAAACAUUUAAAUUAUUUUCAAAAAUGUCUCAUAAUACGUUUACUUCGAUAUGAUAAAAUUAUACCAGCUGUUCAAUAUUUUGUUGCUAACGAAUCAGUAUUGGAUCACAAAUUUACAGUUCCCAUGCCAUUUGAUUUACAAACAAUUUUUGAUGACUCCAAUUGUUUAACUCCAUUAGUUUUUGUUUUGACACCUGGAGCAGACCCAACUGCAAUGUUGUUAAAAUUUUCAGAAAAACUGGGAUUUUCAACCCGUUUAUCAGCGUUAUCAUUAGGUCAAGGACAAGGGCCGAUUGCCUCAAGACUUAUCAUUGAAGCUACAAGAAUGGGUAACUGGGUAUUGUUACAAAAUUGUCAUUUAGCUAAAAGUUGGAUGUCACAACUUGAAAUGAUAUGCGAAAGCUUCACUGCUGAGCACACUCAUCCCGAGUUUAGACUUUGGUUGACGUCAUAUCCUGUGGAGUACUUUCCUGUAUCGGUUUUACAAAAUAGUAUAAAAAUUACAAAUGAACCGCCUAAAGGACUUCGAGCCAACCUUUACAGAUCGUUUACAAGUGACCCGAUUGUAAGCGAAGAAUUCUUUGAAGGCUGUAAACAAGGCAGUCAUUUCAAAAAGAUGCUUUUUGGGCUUUGUUUCUUCCAUGCUCUGAUACAAGAGCGGCGUCAUUUUGGUCCAAUCGGAUGGAAUCGGCCAUACGAAUUCAACGAGACUGACCUCAGAAUUAGCGUCGUUCAGUUACAAAACUUCCUGAACGAGUAUUCAAAGAUUCAAUUUGAAGCUUUGCGUUAUUUGACUGGUGAAUGCAACUACGGUGGCCGUGUAACCGACGACUGGGACCGAAGGUGUCUAAUUACGUUUCUAAACAAAUUCUAUACGCAAGAAAUCGUCAAAUAUAAAAAUUAUAGAUUUGAUAAAUCUGGAACUUAUUAUUGCCCAAAUUGGAAACAAUACGAUCAAUUCGUGGAUUACAUUCAAGAGCUACCUUCAAUCACUCGACCUAGCAUAUUUGGUAUGAACGAGAAUGCAGAUCUCAUUAAAGAACAACAAGAAUCUGACAUUCUUCUUACUUCUGUGCUCAGUACUCAGGUAUGUACAUCGUACACCAAUAGUGUCAAAAAUGUUGAAGGAAAAGGAAUAUCGUCAGAAGAACUUAUCAUUAUAUUUGCUGUAGAUGUUCUAAAUAAACUUCCGAUUCCUUUUGACACAGUCCUUGCAUUAGAAAAAUACCCUACUACCUACAAUCAGUCUAUGAACACAGUUUUGGUUCAAGAAAUGGGACGGUUCAAUAAUCUUUUGAACGUAAUAACAUCAAGUCUAAUUAAUGUCCAAAAAGCUAUCAAAGGUCUAAUAUUAAUAUCUUAUGAACUGGAAGAACUUUGUCAGAGUAUCAUAAAUGGAAAAAUUCCGACAACUUGGGCAAGAAAUUCCUAUCCGUCUUUAAAACCACUGGGGAGUUAUGUGAAAGAUUUUUUACAGAGAAUGGCGUUUUUGCAAAAAUGGUACGAUAACGGUGCUCCAAAAUUAUUCUGGUUGUCUGGAUUUUAUUUCACGCAAGCUUUUUUGACUGGAACGCAACAGAACUUUGCCAGAAAAUAUAAGAUACCGAUUGAUUUACUAACGUUUGAUUAUAAAAUAUUAAAGAAAUCCGCGGCGACGGACGUCGAACCCUUAGACGGCGUCUACGUGUACGGUCUGUACUUGGAUGGGGCCCGGUGGAGCGACCGGAGGGCCGUGUUGAAAGAAUCGAAACCGAAACAGCUGUUCUGCGCCAUGCCGUUGAUCCACUUGCUGCCUGCGAUGAGGUCCGCGGCGCCACCCGGCGCAGUAUACCUGUGUCCGAUGUACAAGACGGCCGAGCGGAGGGGCACGCUGUCCACCACCGGACAUUCCACCAACUUCGUGAUCGCCGUGUCAGUGCCCAUCGACAGACCACCCGACCACUGGACCAUGAGGGGCGUCGCUCUCCUCUGUCAGUUGUCCCAGUGACCCAGUAUUGUUGACGCGAACGAAUUCACUGCAGUACUGCACGCUACCACACGAAUGGCGUCCCUCGGGAACACAAUAAUUGCAUUACAAUAUGACGUGCCUAUAUUAAUACCUAAUAUUUUGAUAACAGUACAAUAUUAUUAUGUUUUCAUUCCUUACAAACGCGUUAUGUUUUAGAUUCUCAGUUUUACACACAUUUUUUUUUAACAUAAAUAUGUUUUUCCUCGUGUUUUUCUGACCGAUUUUACGAGGUCAAAUUUUUUGACGCUUUGGUAAUUGGUAUUAAUUACCAUAGAAACGCCAAUCAAAUGUUCUGGAUAAGUGCCAGGGUCGGGUUUAAAGGGGUGUCUAAGGGGGCAUAGCCCCCCCCCCCCCCCCUUGGGACUAAGCUAACUAUUUUACAAAGCCAAGUAUUAUGAUAUAUUGAUAUAUUAAUAAUCAUUAUAAAAUAUCGUCAAUCGUCAUUGAUGAAUAUGAUUAUUUAUGGAUAUUUGAAUAUUUAGGCUUCAAGCUAUUUUUGGAUUGUCUGACAUGACGUGUAAUAUUAUUAUGAAAAUAUAUAUGGCUCCACGUGGAGCCCAGUUUAUUUAUGUUAAUAAUAAUUAUAUAUAUAAUAUAUAUCUAUGUAUAUGUAUUACUUAUAAAGAAUUGAUUAUCUUCCUUUAUUACGAGAAUCGAGCAAAUGGUACAAAAAUAGCCCGAAUUUCAAACGACAGUCUGCAGAAGUGCUGAUAACGAUUAAUUUUUCAAAAGUUAAAAAAAGAAAUAUGGAAUUAAUAAUGUAAUCUAUCUAUUUUAUGUAUAUUUUUUUUAUAAAUAAUUAGCUAAUUUUUGUUGUUAAUUAUAUGUGUAUAUCUAUAUUUUUAAAUGGUUUCAGAUAAAUAUUGAUAACAAUGUAACUAUUUAAAAUUUGUCACUAUUGUGAAAAAAAAAAUGAUUUACUUAUGAGGGACUCAAAAAUAUAAUCUGUAAUUUUAAAUUUUACAUAGAUUUAAAAAAAACAACUAACUAAAUUCUUGAACCUCUAUUAGCCCCCCCCCCCCCCCCUUGGUGAGUGAUAAAACCCGCCCAUGGCAUAAGUCUCAUACGUAACAAAAUCAAAUGUUAAGAAAUAGCUUCAAUUCUAACUACAGUGAAUCAAGUUUCAUAUUUUUCUUAUAGAAUAUGUACCGCUCUCAAGUGUAACGAUGUAAAUUGUACAAUAAUUAAACAAUGAAUUCAAUAAAAUUAAUAUGUUUUGACUUUAUUUUUCAAUAAUUUGUAAUUGGUAUUUUUUUUUUUUUUUAAAUAAUUUAUAGAUUAAAUAUCCCUUCGUCUCUAACAUGACCCUCCACCAAGACCUAGGUAUUAAAACAGUGGAAGAAGAAGCUGCUAUCUUCUAUAAGCGUUUUUAUAAUAAAUUAGAAAACCACGAAAACCUUCUGAUUAAAAAUCUACAUAUCCCAUCACUUCCUGGAAAUCCCCGUCGCAGGCUGAAAAUGAAAUGGUGUAGGGAUCACCUAACUUAAUCCUAACAUUCCUAAGCUAAAUAAUCAUAUAAUAAACAAGCUAAGUGCUACUGAUGGGUGGCUUAUUAUUCACGUAACCCCAUAAUGUUUUGUACCCUAA